UAUUUAUACGUAGGAUUUUGUUUUUAAACUUUUUUUUUGGUUUUAGGGAAAAAAUCGACUCCUAUACCCCAAGUAACUCAAUUUUCUCUUGGAGACAGCCUCCACCUGCGUUAUAUUGCUCAUCCCCUCUCUAUUCCGACGCUUCCGGCGGCCGAAGACGGUGGCAGCAUUUAUUCAUUGUUCAUCCCGCGCAUAGCCGUCUGACUACUUCACUCGCACCUCUACACACGAAAGGAGCUCCUAUAUCGCAUAGCCGAAGUUCAAAAACGUCGCAAAAGCUGCGUUACAGGCACGCAAAUACCCAGGAGUGCGCGCGUCUUGCUGCUUCACGCUAACCGGCCUUGACCAUCAAUGGCGGAACCUAAAAUCAAAUACGAUCGUCAACUUCGGAUUUGGGGUGAGCAAGGACAAGCAGCAUUGGAAAAAGCAAGUGUUUGCUUGCUGAAUUGUGGACCUACUGGGUCUGAGACUUUGAAGAAUUUGGUUCUUGGUGGGAUUGGCAGUAUCACUGUUGUUGAUGGGUCAAAGGUUGAAGUGGGUGAUCUUGGAAAUAACUUCAUGGUGGAUGAAACAAGUCUUGGUGAGUCAAAGGCGAAAUGUGUCUGCGCAUUCUUGCAAGAGCUUAAUGAUGCUGUGAAGGCAACUUUUAUUGAAGAAUUCCCAGAGAAACUAAUUGAGUCAAAUCCAUCAUUCUUUUCACAAUUUACCUUAGUGAUAGCUACUCAGUUGGUGGAAGACAAGAUGUUAAAACUGGAUAGAAUCUGCAGGGAGGCAAAUGUGAUGAUAGUAUUUGCCCGAUCUUAUGGCCUAACUGGCCUUGUCCGUGUUAGUGUAAAGGAGCACACUGUGAUUGAAUCAAAGCCUGACCAUUUCUUGGAUGAUCAUCGUUUGAAUAAUCCAUGGCCAGAGCUCAAGAGGUUUGUAGAAUCUAUUGAUGUGAAUGUGCCAGAUCCGGUUGCACACAAGCACAUACCCUAUGUUGUGAUUCUUGUAAAGAUGGCUGAGGAAUGGGCCCAAAGUCAUGGAGGUACCCUUCCAUCAACUAGAGAGGAGAAAAAUGAGUUAAAGGAUCUUCUUACAUCGAGGAUGAUUGGUCUUGAUGAAGAUAACUACAAAGAAGCUGUUGAUGCUUACUAUAAGCUUUUUUCUUCUCGAGGAAUCAGUUCAGAUCUGAUGCAAAUACUGAAUGACAAUUGUGCUGAAAUAGAUUCCAAUUCAUCUGAUUUUUGGGUGAUGGUGGCGGCCUUAAAGGAAUUUGUUGCUCUGGAAGGUGGUGGUGAAGUUCCGCUUGAAGGAUCAAUUCCUGAUAUGACAUCUUCAACAGAGCAAUACGUGAAUCUCCAAAAGGUAUACCAGGCUAAGGCUGAAGCUGACUUUCUUGCUAUGGAGAAGCAUGUGCAAAAUUCCCUGAAGAAAAUUGGUAGAGAUCCAAAUAGCAUUUCCAAGAUGACAAUUAAAGUUUUCUGCAAGAAUACAAGAAAACUCAAAGUAUGCAGAUACCGUAUGAUUCAGGAGGAGUUCAAUUCUCCUAGCCUUUCUGUGUUGCAGAAUUAUUUAACAGAUGAGAAAUACAGUAUGGCUGCUGGGUUUUAUAUCUUGUUGCGAGCUGUAGACCGGUUUGCUGCUAACUAUAACAGUUUUCCUGGCCAGUUUGAUGGAGAGAUAGAUGAAGAUAUAUCUCGACUAAAGACUCUAGCUGUUAGCUUACUGACCGACCUUGGCUGCAAUGGGUCAAUCUUGUCCGAAGAUCUCAUAAAAGAAAUCUGCCGGUUUGGGGCUGCGGAGCUACAUGCCGUCUCUGCCUUGAUAGGCGGGAUUGCUUCACAGGAAGUGAUAAAGCUUAUCACAAAACAAUUUACUCCCAUGAUCGGAACAUUCAUUUUUAAUGGCAUUGAUCAAAAGUCUAAGCUAAUGUUAUUGUAGUAAAUGUUUAAGCCAGAAUUGCAGUCAGGUUGGUGCGUUUUGGCUACCAUUCUGUUAGAGUUCAUGGCUUGAAUUAUUUGUUCUAUAGAGAAGCUUAUUGUCCUGACAAAGUAUUCUUAGAUGGGAGAUGCCUAAACUUAUAGAUAGAUCGGUCUUUUGUAGCAUUGAUGGUUCUCAUUAUUGUAGAUGCCUAAACCUUCAUUGUUGCUCGUAGUUUCUAUACUUUACUUUUUAUAUCAAAUCUCAUAGAAAGUUGAGAGAUUAAAUUUGA